ACUCUACUAUUCAUAGGCUUUUGCCAAGGCUGGGGUGACUCCCAUUACAUCACAUUUGAUGGACUCUAUUACAAUUACCAAGGAAACUGCACUUAUAUUUUAAUGAAGGAAAUUAGCCCUCAAUUCAAUUUAGCAAUCUACAUUGAGAAUGUCUACUGUGACCCUGCUGAGAAUGUAUCCUGUCCCAGAUCCCUUAUUGUGUCUUACAACAAACAAAACAUUACACUUAGAAGUCACAGGCUAAUGGGAGGAGCAAAUCUAGAGGUGAGAUUACUGUAUAGCAGGACUGAACAAAGAUUUUGUAGUGCUCUAGAGGGAAAUAUUAUGCUAGCACUGCCGUAUGAUAAUAAUGGCCUGAGGGUUAUUAGUUCAGACCUAAACUUAUUACUAGAGAUUCCAAAACUCAACGCCUAUGUACUAUUUGGAGUCUCUGGCUUCAGCAUCAACCUGCCAUUCCAGUAUUUUGGAAAAAACACAGAAGGCCAAUGUGGAACAUGCAACAACAACCAGAAUGAUGAUUGCCCUGGAUCCUUGGCAAACGACUGUAAAAUAAUGGCAGAGAACUGGAAUACUACAGUUUGCACUCCACCAGCUCCAUUACCUACUCCUAACUCACCCCAUGUCCACCCUGACUGCUACCUACUAAACACCACGUUUGAAGCGUGCCACUCCCAUGUGCCUCCUGAAAACUUCUUUUCAGCCUGUCAAUAUGACAGCAGUAAUAACCCUGCUGAAGUGUGUGCCAGUCUGCAGAGCUACGCAAGCGUCUGUGCAAUGUUUGGGGUCUGCAUAUACUGGAGGAACUACACAAGCCAAUGCAAUAUUGGUUGUUCAGAAGAUAAAGUGUUCUUGCCUUGUGGUUCAUUUGAACCGCCAACAUGUAGAGAUAGACAAAUGGAGAGCAACAUUACAGUGUCCACAGAAGGCUGCUUCUGUAGUCAGAACACAACACUCUUCACCAAGGAUUCUGGAGUCUGUGUGCCACAACCCUGCGGAUGCUUGGACUCAUCUGGGAAACCACGUAGGGUACUGUAUACAAGGAUUAAAACUUUUAAUGAGAAUUUUACGCACAACUGUGAGGACUGUGUCUGUGAUAAGGCCAGGAUGUCAGUCAUCUGUGAACCCAAGAAGUGUCCCGAUGUGCCCCCUGUGAACUGCACUGAGCCCUUCAUGGUGGUCAAUGUCACCGAUCCAUCAGAGCCAUGCUGCAGCAGACAAGAUGGACAAGAGUUUAAGUAUAAAUGUGAAACUGUUACCUGCAAUCAUAUUAAUGACUCAUUUGAGAUGAACAUAACCAACAUGGAAUGUAUUCAAUUGAGUUCAGAGGACUGUGCGUCUGGCUUUCAAUAUAUGAAAAAAGAUGGAGAGUGCUGUGGGUCGUGUGUACAAGUGGCCUGUAUUUAUGAUGCUCCAGACAAAACCACACAUGUUCUCCAGGAAGGACUUUCAUACAAUAUAUCAUGCAUGAAUGUCACAUGUCUGAAAAGGAAUGACGUGUUCACGAUAAAGGAAGAAAUGAAAAAAUGCCCUUCCUUUAAUCAAGAUGACUGUGUGGAGGGAACAAAGCAAUUUGAUGAGGAUGGAUGUUGCCCAAACUGUGAAACUCGUAACUGUGCUCCUGUGAAGAACGUCACUCGUCUGAAAGUCAAUAAUUGCACUUCAACUGAAGAUGUUGAAAUUACAUCCUGCGCUGGUCACUGUGACUCCAAAUCAACUCUGGAUCUACAUGGAUACAUGAUGAACAGCUGUUCCUGCUGCCAAGCAGAGAGAUCCAGCAUUCGAGAGGUGACACUGAUGUGUGAAGAUGACUGGCAGAAAUGGCUGAAUAUCCGGCAUAACUACACAUACAUAGAGACAUGCACAUGCACUCCUGUCAUGUGUGAAGACUAUAAUAACUUCAGAAAGGAAGAUUAUGAUUGACACGAUUAUCCUGUGAACAUGACACAAUCUUAAGAUGAUUGCUGAAUUAAUGUGUUUAAAAUAUAUUUUGGUAAAUAUUGCACCAUUAUUUUUUUUCUUUGUGAUUUGAUUUGGGGCAUUGCAUUUAAUGCAUAAUACUGUAUUUUCUUUCUUUCUAAUGAAAUAAAAUAAAAUCACAA